AUGAGAACCAUACCAACAACAACUUCAACUAGUUACUCAUUUUCACCAUAUUCAUCGCCUUCAAUUAUCUCUCAUUCUUCAUGGCACUCGCCGAUUCCUUAUCUAUUCGGAGGCCUAGCAGCGAUGCUAGGCCUCAUAGCUUUCGCUCUCUUGAUUUUAGCUUGCUCUUAUUGGAGACUCAAUAGUCAAUUACAAGACGAAGAGAACAACAACAGAAACAGUGAAAAAGAAGGUGAUAGUUUGAAUCAAAAAUCUGUUAAAGUUUAUGAACAGAAAUUUCUUGUCAUUAUGGCUGGUGAUUCAAACCCUUCGUUUUUGGCUACUCCGGUUUUUCCUAAAUCUUCUUCUGUAAUGGAUCUGAAUUCCGAUGAAGAGGUUCCAAAUCAUGAAGCGGUUGAGAAAUCGGAGAAGGAAACGGAAGUUGCAGAUCAUCGGAAUCACCAACAGUGA